UACACGGCCCCGCCUACCCCGGGAGGGAUUUGCAGGGCAGGCCUGCUGCGCGGCGGCGGGAUGCAGCGCCGACCGCCUGGGCCAGGCUGAUGCUCCCGACCCCACGCCACCAUGUAACCAGCACCUGCAACCCGACACUUGCUUCUCCGCCUGGGACCCCCGCGCCCUGCCUCGGGCCCCGGGCCCCAAGGUGACCUCAGGACACACCAUGUUGACCGGGGUGACAGACGGUUUCUUUUGCUGCCUGCUGGGGACACCCCCCAACGUGGUGCGGCCGCUGGAGAGCGUCGAGUCCAGCGACGGCUACACUUUCGUGGAGGUCAAGCCUGGCCGAGUGUUGCGAGUGAAGCAUGCGGGCCCCGCGCCCGUCCCUGCGCCGCCGCCACCUCCCGAAGAUGAUCCCACGGUCAAGGCGGGCCUCGUGCGCUGCCAGCGUCGCAUCACGGUGUACCGCAACGGAAGGCUGGUCGUGGAGAACCUGGGCCGUGCGCCACGGGCUGACCUGCAAGGCCGCAGCGGCUCCGGAGACCCGCCCACUGCUCUGGAGGUGGAGCUGGCAGAACCCGCGGGGGGCGACGGCAGGGCCACCCCAAGCAGCGGACGGCGACGACGACCCCGAAGGCCCAAGAGGACCAUCCACAUCGACUGUGAGAAGCGCGUCACCAGCUGCAAGGGCGCACAGGCUGAUGUGGUCCUCUUCUUCAUCCACGGCGUGGGUGGCUCCUUGGCCAUCUGGAGGGAGCAGCUGGACUUCUUUGUGCGACUCGGAUAUGAGGUGGUGGCUCCGGACCUGGCGGGACACGGGGCCAGCUCUGCACCACAGGUGGCAGCCGCCUACACCUUCUAUGCCCUGGCGGAGGACAUGAGGGCCAUCUUCAAGCGCUAUGCCAAAAAGCGCAACGUACUCAUCGGGCACUCCUACGGCGUGUCUUUCUGUACCUUCCUGGCCCACGAGUACCCGGAUCUUGUGCACAAAGUGAUCAUGAUCAAUGGCGGAGGCCCUACAGCACUGGAACCCAGCCUGUGCUCUGUCUUCAACAUGCCCACGUGCGUCCUGCACUGCCUGUGGCCGUGCCUGGCCUGGAGCUUCCUCAAGGCUGGCUUUGCCCGACAGGGGGCCAAGGAGCAGCAGCUGCUGAAGGAGGGCAGUGCGUUCAACGUGUCCUCCUUUGUGCUGCGGGCCAUGAUGAGUGGUCAGUACUGGCCCGAAGGCGAUGAGGUCUACCACGCAGAGCUGACCGUGCCGGUCCUGCUCGUCCACGGCAUGCAUGACAAGUUCGUACCUGUGGAGGAAGACCAGCGUAUGGCCGAGAUCCUGCUCCUGGCUUUCCUGAAGCUCAUAGAGGAAGGCAGCCACAUGGUGAUGCUGGAGUGCCCCGAGACGGUCAACACGCUGCUGCACGAGUUUCUCCUCUGGGAGCCGGAGCCCGAGGCCGAGGCGCCGUCCGAGCCUCAGCCACAGCCGCAGCCGAAGCCGCAGCCGCAGCCUAAGCCGCAGUCGCCAGAGUCAGGAGACGAGAAGUAGCCGCGGGCACAGGGCAUCCUGCAUCCCAGAAACUGAGGCUCCCUUAGACUGGGCACGGAUUGGUGCGGAGCCUCGCACCAGUGGGCGGGUCCUGGGUAGGCCACGCCCCCAUCCUGGAGCAGGCCCGGGUGCCGCCAGUGUUGAAGAGAGAGAGUGCCCAAUAGAGUCACUCCUGCCUCUCGGUUCCCACCGGCCGUGGAGAGGGACUUUGUACAGAUCACCUUCCCCACCGAGAUCUGUCUCCCCAACCCCCACGCCACAGCGGGUGGGCUGCUACCCCACGCGGUCUCGCAUUAGCUGUGCUCCAUCCCAGACUGGAGAGCCCCCAGGGGAUCCCGGAGAAAGGGUCCGGUCCUGUGGCGGGAGACCUCACGGCACCAUCCCCAUUGCUCCGGUCUGGGGACUAUGGACCACCCAAGGGAGGAGCUUGGAGCCACCACCCUGCACAUGGUGACUUGUAACUCAAUUAAAAAAAAAAGUGACAAUCCAA